GAUUGGAGCUAACAACAGAGUAAUUGCAGUGAUGGCCGACCUCACUGAUGUUCAUAACCUCUCUCAAGCAUUUGAUGGCUGUCGUGGCGUAUUUCACACCGCUGCUUUCGUUGACCCUGCUGGGCUCUCUGGUUAUUCCAUAAGCACCUAGCAGCAGACUACUACCAGGCCAACCAAGAGGCCAUCAGAGCCCUGCUGUGCCAUCCUGCCGAGGAGAGGGAGGCUUCGAAACUGCUCGACUUUGAGCAGACCUACCACUACACCGCACCGCGCAAGAGCCGGGUUACCGAUUUUCUGCGUGCGCCAACCCCAGAACCGGAUCCAAACCUACCACCGAUCAGGCUUGUUCCACUUACCGCCGAGCAAGAAAUGGCGAAAAUCAGGGCCAUCAAGUCCAUGAUCACCGGGGAAGAAGACGAGUCCCAAAAACCAGAGGCAACCGGGGGGACAUCCUCCACACCCGCCGGGCAACAAGAAGGGGCAGUACUGGCACUUGCUAGCGAACCAACUGGUCGGUCCAAGAAGCGGCCGAGGAAGGAGCAAACCGGGCCGCGUCUGGCGGAUGAAGACUCUACUGAUCGCGUCUCCACCGAGCUCGGGGACCAGACCGAGCAACCACAGACCGGCAAAUCCAAGGGCCCAGCCACCCUCCCGAUCUGGGCGCCCGAGUUCAAAUACCAGGGCCGAGCAGUUUCUGCUGAAGACUCUGUCUACGCGGACAAGGACUACUCGCUUGGUUUCAAUUUGACCAAGGGGUUGAUCUUGCCCGCUGAUAUGAAAAAACACGACAAGCUUUCCGACCUCAAGGUCCUCCGCUCGGCGGCGAAAUCCAUAGUUCUGGUUGCGCAAAAGAACUAUUUGGCCCAUGACCGAAUGAUCAAAGUGCGGCAAAGCCUGCGGGAUGCAAUUGCUGAGAAUAAGGCCCAAAAGGCCGAGAUAGCAAAACUCAAGGUCGCGCAAGAAGCGGUCGUGGCGGAGCGAGACAUCCUGAGCCGAAAGGUCGACCGAGCUAACGAGGACAAACAACGGGCCGUGAAGUCGGCGAAGGCUCGGUACCUCGUCGAGCUGAGGAAAUUGCGCGAUGCCAACAAGCUAGCCAUGGACAAGGCGGUCGUGGAUGCCGAGGACCGGGGAUACGCUCAGGGCGAGAAGACUUACGAGCGCCAGGUCCAAGCGACCAAGGACAUCUUUUUCCAGUGUGGUUGGAAAGUCGCCGUGGAAAAAGUUGGCCUUGGUCAGGACGCUAACAUGUUCCUUAACCCUCCUGCAGCCUACAUCCCGGUCUAUAUGCAGGCGUACGCCAGUGCUACCCAGAAUCGGCUUAUCGCCGAGGCAAGGAAAGAGGCCGAGGAAGAAGCUGCCGCCGCGCAACAAGCCGAGCAAACCACUACCGAAGCAUCCCAAGAUGCGGAAGAUGAAGUGGCUGACCGGGAGGUUGCUGUGGAGGAUGGAGCAGACGAUGACGCCGAGGAAAACCUGCCCGAGCAGACAACUGAGAUCGCCGAGCAGACGACGGAGGCAGCCGAGCAAACCGUGGACCUUGAAUUGGACUAAAGAUCUUCUUUUUUUUUUUUUUUUUUUUUGGUUUG